UGCCCCGACAAAAAUAGCAGCAAAAGAUUUCGGUCCUUCCCUCGUUCGGCAAGAGGAGGGGAAAGAGGGUAAGAGAGCGGAAGAGAGAGACAGAGAGAUGGAGCAUCUCCUGGGCCUGCUCCGCGUGCGGGUGGUGAGAGGGGUGAACAUCGCCUACCGCGAUACCAGGGGCAGCGAUCCCUACGUCGUCCUUCGUUUGGGCCACCAGAAAUUGAAGACCAGUGUAAAAAAGAAGAAUAACAAUCCAGAAUGGAAUGAAGAAUUAACUCUUUCUGUUUCAGAUCCUACUCAGACAAUUAGGCUCCACUGCAUGGAAAUGCUCUUGAACAUGGCAUCUUGCAAUUUUGGCCCCAAUGCUGGAAUUGAAGUCUUUGACAAGGACACAUUUAGCGGAGAUGAUAGAAUGGGUGAUGCAGAGUUUGAAAUACAGCCAUUUUUUGAGGCUGUAAAGAUGGAUUUGACUGGUCUUCCAAAUGGUACCAUAGUCACAACGGUGAAACCCGAGAGGAAUAAUUGCCUAUCUGGUGAGAGCGUCAUUUUGUGGAAGGAUGGCAGGGUUACCCAAGAUCUUGUUCUUAGGUUGAGAAAUGUGGAGAGUGGUGAAGUGGAACUGCAACUGCAGUGGGUUAGCAUUCCCGGAGCUGCAGGCCAAUAGGGCAUGCUAUGAUACUGUUCGCUUAUAUGUAGCACGAAGCAUAAUAGGAUACCAACCUUCUAGUUCCUUUGCUUCAGCUUUUUAUACAAAUUAUGAUAUAAUAUGCUUGCUGAUCUAUAUGUAAUCUCUGCUUACAAGCAGCACCUUGGUUGGGCCAGUUAUGUGAACUUUUUAUGAUUGAGCGAUAGGAGCUUUGUUGCUAGGGUUCAAAGAGUUGUUGA